AUGCAGUUCAACGACGUGCACACCGACGGCGGCCUCAAGAAGCUUAACGGCUUCCUCACGGCGCGCUCGUACCUCGAGGGCUUCCAGUUUUCGGCCGCCGACAACGCCACGUUCGUCAAGCUCGCGGGCGCGCCGGACGCCUCCAAGUACCCCAACGUCUACCGCUGCCCGUGGCUGUCGCCCAAGGCUGCUGCCCCCGCGGCCGCCAAGCCCGCCACGCCCAAGCCCGCCACGCCCAAGGCCGCCACGCCCAAGGCUGCCAAGCCCGCCGAUGACGAUGAUGAUGAUGACAUGUUCGGCGACGACGACGAGGAGGAGGACGAGGCCGCCAAGGCCGCCGCCAAGAAGCGCGCCGACGCCGCCAAGGCCUCGAAGAAGGAGAAGGCCAAGCCGAUUGAGCGCUCGCAGGUCGUGAUUGAAGUCAAGCCCUGGGAAGCCGAGACGGACCUUGAGGCGCUUGCCAUCAAGAUCAAGGCCCUCGAAGUCAACGGCCUCACGUGGGGUGAGAGCCACAAGCUCGUCCCGGUUGCCUUCGGCAUCAAGAAGCUCCUCGUCCAGUGUAUCAUUAUUGACGAACUUGUCUUGUUGGACGACAUCACGGAAGCCAUCGAGCAGUUCGAGGACGAUGUGCAGUCGGUCGACGUUGCGUCGAUGAACAAGAUGUAA